GAUAAACGCAUUGCGUUCUCCGGCUAGCCUCGAGACGAAGGAGCAGAUGUAAUUUUCUUUUAAAAAUGUCUCAGACAGAGACUUCUCCGGACUCACAGCCAAGGGCCCUCCGAUCAGAGUCCCAUCAGCAGACCAUCCUGAGCAAAUUUGACAAGCUGAGGAAACGAGACCUGCUGUGUGACAUUACUCUCGUGGUAGAAGAUGUGCACUUCAAGGCACACAAAGCCCUGCUGGCAGCGAGCAGCGAGUACUUCUCCAUCAUGUUCACGGCAGAAGAUCAGAUCGGCCAGUCCACCUACCGGCUGGAGGGCAUGGUGGCAGAGACGUUUGCAGCCGUGCUGGAGUUCAUCUACAGCGCUCAGGUGUCCGUGGAGGAGAGCGCCACCGAGCAGCUGCUGGCCACUGCUCGUCUAAUGGAAGUCAGCGAGCUCAUCAAAGUGCUGACAGGAAUCACAGGAGCUGCAGCAGAGAGGGUAGGCCACAUCAAGAAAACAGACAAAGCCGAGGCGGCGCAUCUGUUGAAACGCAAAAGAGGACGGCCAAAGAAAAACACAGGUGCACCCUGCAAGAACUCGGAGGAUGCCCGAACUGGAGAUGAAGGGUGUGUAGAGUCUGUAACUUCUAAAAACGAUGUUGAUUAUCACCCUGAGGCCGACCUGAGACGCCACAGCAGAAGAAGAAUUCAGCCUCCUGUAAAAUAUAAGGGAUACAAGGUUGGAGGUGAUGCCGCCGGAGGUAAAGAGCCGAGCAAGAGAGGCUGCAAGAGGAAAUACCCUGAAAUAGAGGCGCGCUGUGAGGACUGCGGAAAAGUCUUCAAACACCACCUGUUUCUAAAGAUUCACCGUAGGACCCACACCGGAGAAAAGCCUUUUCACUGCCUGGUUUGUGGGAAGAGUUUUACCCAGAAAAACACUCUGCUGGCUCACCAGCGCAUACACACCGGAGAAAAACCCUUUGUUUGCUCUGUCUGCUCCAAAGCGCUUUCCACCAAACACUCCCUGCAGGAGCACAUGAACCUUCAUGGAGAGGAGAAGUCAUUCAACUGCGACAAAUGCGGAAAGACUUUCACUCAGAAGAAGCAACUUAAAAGCCAUUACAGAGUUCACACAGGUAAAUCCUUACCCGAGUGUGCUCAGUGCCAUCACAAGUUUAUGGACGCAGCUCAACUAAAGAAGCAUCUCAGAACUCACACAGGGGAGAAGCCCUUCACCUGUGAGAUUUGUGGGAAGUGCUUCACAGCCAAGAGCACACUGCAGACUCACAUCAGAAUUCACAGAGGUGAGAAGCCGUAUGACUGCAGCAUCUGUAACAAGUCCUUCUCAGACCCGAGUGCGAGACGCCGCCACAUCGCCUCUCAUUCGGGGAAGAAGCCCUUCACCUGCUCCUUCUGCAGCCUGUCCUUUACCAGGCUGGACAACCUGAAAACGCACACCAAAUCGCACAGCAAGGAGAGAGCGGCCUCAUCGGACGCAGCGGCCCCACAGGCGGAGGCGCGGGACGUCCUGCAGCUGCCGCAGUACCAGCCCCCCCUCGGCUCCGAGCAGGAGAUCCAGCUGGUGGUGACGGAGGCCGGGGGCAACAUUGAUUUUGUAGAAGGCCAGGAGCAGGAGAUCAGCCUGAUGGCCGCAGAGCGGGAGGCGGCGCCGGCGCCCGACUCCAGACUCACCUUCCUGGCCCAGCCGCCCGAGCACGUGCAGAACGUGGCCCUGGUCGCCCCGGGAGACGCGGUGGCCCAGACCUCUCACAUCCACUCCGUCAGCAUGCUGGAGGGCCAGGCAGCGCACCACCCCGAGCAGAUGCACGUCAUCACGCUGAGCAAGGAGGCCAUGGAGCACCUGCAGGCCGGCCACGGGCCGCCACUCCCACUCCCGCACGGCCAGGCCAUCCACAUCAGCAGCCAGAGCAGCCCGCCCAUCUGCAUCAGCCAGACCAGCCAGCACAUCUCCAGCCACCACAUCCAGGGACAGACCUUCCAGAUCCAGGCCGGCACCGUCUCCUACCUGUACACCACAGGCCUGUCCCAGCAGAGCUGAGCGGGGGCCGCCGGACAAUAGACGCAAAAAAGAAAAGACUUCUGUCUCCCAAAUUAGCUUUUUAUAGAAUAUUUUUUAUUUCACAGGUCUCAAACUACAACUAACAUCCUUAGGCUACUAAGCAGGACACUGCUGGUCAGAGUUCAUAUGGAGACAUCUGAAAGCUUGUUUUCUUACCUUGAUAGAAAAAAAGAAAGAUGACGGUUUGUUUUUAAGGACAGAAACGGUUGAACAUCCGACAGGCGAAACAUUAGGCACCAUCAGCAAAAAGCCAAUACUGCUUUUACUCUACACCGGACAAAUUUAACUUUUAUAGUGUCAAGCUAGGCACUUACAGGAGCUGCUGUCUGAAAAAUCAUGCUGACAUGUGGCGUUGCAUAACUCAUGGAGGAAAUACAGGUUGCAGGUUUAGACUUCACAGUAACAAAGACUACGUUUCUGUAAAAGGUGUGACAGCAUUCAGGACACGCCGGCAGGAUGGAGUCUGAAAAAAAACAUAAGGCUGAGUCACAUUACACUGGGUUAAAGACAAAUAAACUAUCAUGAUGAAAAUCUCCUUCAUAAAGUGUGUCCAUAAUUUAUUUGUUUAGAACUAAGGGAUGCAAGUAACAUGAGAAUACAUUGGGUAAAAAAUCUAUUAAAAAGAGUUUCUCUCU